CGAGGCCCUGGAAAACACGUUGUUUGAAGAAGGGAUACUUUUCGAUUGCACUGGUUGCAAUUUAAUUCUGAAGAUUAGGAAGAGGGUGGACACAUUAUGCUCUACAUACUGUACUCAAGGAGUGUACUUUUGAUAGAAGGUUAUAAAAUCUACUAUUGUUUACACGUACACACUAUCUAGACUAGACAUCUGAAAUGAGCAACACAAGCGUCUCCAAUUCCUUCCUCUCAAGUAGUCAUCGCUGGAAACGAGAUGUUUUCCUGAGUUUCAGAGGGGAGGAUACUCGCAGGGGUUUCACGGACCAUUUAUACAAUACUUUGAAGCGAAAAGGGAUUGAUGUCUUCAGGGAUGAUGAAAAGCUUGAGAGGGGAAAAGAUAUCGCUCCAGAGCUGUUGAGAUCGAUCGAAGAAUCGAGAUUCGCAGUCGUUAUUUUCUCGAGAGAUUAUGCUUCCUCCACAUGGUGCUUGGAUGAACUCCAGAAGAUUGCCGAAUGCAAGAAAAGCAUGGAGCAAACAGUCUUGCCGGUUUUCCACGGGGUGGAUCCGUCCAACGUGAGGAAACAAAAGGGGGAGUUUUUGGCAGCCUUUGAGAAGCAUGAACAAGACUUCAAAGACAAUAUGGGUAAGGUAAAGAAGUGGAGGAAAGCUUUAACUGAUUUAGCUAGUGUCUCCGGUUGGGAUUUGACAAACAGGCACGAGUCUGAAGUUAUUCAGGAAAUAGCUAAAACUAUUUUAAGUAAAUUGAACCUCGUAUUCUCAAGUGUUAACAAGGACUUGGUUGGAAUAGAUUCUCGCAUAACGAAAAUGGAUUCAUAUUUAGAUAUCGGGUCAGAUGAAGUUCGCACUAUUGGGAUUUGGGGAGCGGGAGGGAUAGGUAAGACAACUAUAGCUAAACAAGUUUUCAAAAGGAUCCAUGACCAAUUUGAAGCAAGUUGUUUCCUUGCAAAUGUUAGAGAGGAAUCCCAAAAACAUGGUAUAGUUCGUAUACAAACCCGUCUCUACGAUAUAUUGGUCGAAAACCAGGCAAAGAUACAAAUGGAUGACAUGGGAAUGGAUCAUGUGUUAGAAAGAGCAUUGCAUUCUAAAAGGGUUCUUGUUGUUCUAGACGAUGUGGAUCAAUUGAAACAACUAGAAGCUUUAGUUGGUAGGGCAGGUGGUCAGCAUAAAUGGUUUGGUUCAGGAAGUAGAAUCAUUGUAACGACUCGAGACAAACACUUGUUGAAGAUUUAUGGUAACAUUGUAUUUGAGGUUGAAAAGUUAAAUGAUGUUGAAGCUCUUCAACUCUUUAGUCAGAAAGCCUUCAACCAAGAUUGCCCCGAAGAUGACGACUAUAAUGAGAUGUCGAAGAAUGUGGUAAAAUAUGCUAAUGGACUUCCUUUAGCACUUGAAGUUUUGGGUUCCUUCUUGUAUGGAAGAGAUAAAGAUGAAUGGUUAGGCACAAUAAAUCGUCUAAGGGAGAACCCUAAAAGCGAAAUUUAUAAAACACUUCGACUGAGUUACGAUGGACUAGAGCACACAGAGAAGCAAAUGUUUUUGGACAUUGCUUGUUUCUUCAAAGGAGAGGACAUUGUUCGCGUCAAGAAAAUAUUUGACAGUUGCAAGUUCCACCCCACAAUUGGUUUAAGGGUCCUCAAUGAAAAGUCUUUAAUAUUUGAUGAAGGAGGAAAAUUAUGGAUGCAUGAUUUACUACAGCAAAUGGGAUGGGAAAUUGUUCGAGAAGAAUCUCUGGAAGAUCCUGGAAAAUGUAGCAGGCUGUGGCUUCACAAGGAUUCCUAUCACGUUCUUACUGAAAAUAAGGGAACAAACGCUGUUCAGGGUAUAUUCCUAGAUUCUCAAGAAAAAGAAGAAAUGCUCUUCAAUGCCGACCUGUUCUCAGAGCUCAAAAAUAAUACACCGGUUAGGAUUUUCCAACGCCACUUGUCACCGUCAGAGCAGUCAGCCGGAGGAGCGGAGCGGCGGUAUUUCAAAACGUUGCUUGGGAAAGAAAAAGAGGUGCACUUGAAUUAUGAUGCAUUCUUAGAGUUGAAAAAUCUUCGAUUUCUGAAGAUUUGCAAUAUCAAAGUUGUGGGAUGCCAAGAAUAUUUUCUCCCCAAAAGUUUACGGCUUCUAGAAUGGCAUGGAUGUCCUCUAAAAUCAUUGCCAUCAAAUUUUCAACUUGAUAAGCUCGUUGAACUCAGCAUGCCUAACAGCCGCAUUGAACAACUGUGGAAGUCGGAAACUAUACGUCUAGGAAUGUUGAUAUCGAUUGAUCUUAGCGAUUGUUAUUACUUGACCAAUACUCCAGAUUUCACUAAGGCCCCAAAUCUUGAGAUUCUAAUCCUUGACGGUUGUGGAAAGUUAAAAGAGGUUCACCCAUCAAUCGGAGUUCUUAGAAAUCUUGUUUUAUUGAAUCUGAAUGGCUGUAAAUGUCUUGAGAAGCUUCCUGACAAAAUCAGCUUGACAUCUCUUAAGACGUUUAUUCUUUCGGGAUGUUGGAAUCUGAAUAAAUUUCCGGAGAUAGUGGAAGAUAUGAAAAAUUUGUCCCAACUUUACUUGGACGGUACAGCUAUAUGGGAGCUUCCAGUUUCAAUAAAUCGCUUGAUUGGACUUACUCUGUUAGACUUAAGCAACUGCAAAAACCUUUCAAGCCUUCCAAGUAAUGAACUUUGCAGUUUGACAGCUCUUAGAACUCUCCGUCUCUCUGGUUGCUCUAGGAUUGAUCAACUACCAGAAAACCUAGGAAGCUUGAAAGAGUUGGAAGAGUUAUAUGCAAAUGGAACUGCUCUAAGGAAAGUUCCUUCCUCAGUUCAAUGCCUAGAGAACCUUAAAUACGUAUCAUUCCGAGGAAGUAACAACGACGUUUCAUCUGUAACGCACCACAGAUCAUGGAAAUCACUCAUUUGUUGUUGUUUGUUGCCAACAGAUCAACACUACUCCCAAUUAAUUAACUUGCAGUUGCCUAGUUCAUUUGCAGGCUUAACAUCUCUGGUAUCUUUAGAUCUGAGCCAAUGUCAUCUAGAAGAAGGAGCUAUACCUAAUGAUAUUGGCUGUUUAUCCUCACUGCAGUAUUUAUACCUGAGUGGAAACAACUUUAGGACUAUACCCGCAAGCUUCUCUCAACUUUCCAAGCUAAUGGAACUUGACUUAUCCGAUUGCGGCGAGCUUCUUUGGUUGCCAAAUCCUCUUCCAUUAAGUCUCAAGUAUUUAUAUGCACGAAAUUGUCCUAAGUUGAAUAAUGAGCUUUCGCAUUAUCAUGACGUGGAAGUAUUUAUUUCGGACAAAGGACUCCAUUUCAUAGAUUGCAGAACAUCAUUGAGUUUUGAUGAUGAUGGGCCAAUUAUGCCGGAAGAAUAUGUUGAUCUGCUCUUUCCAAAAUAUGUUGAGGAUCAAAUUAAACAUGGAAGACCAUUCGACAUUAUUUUUCCUUAUCCAGCUAGAAGUAAUCCUGAGUGGUGUAGCAAAUGGAGUAGUAAAGGUUCUUCCAUAACGAUCAAGUUAUCCCCAGAAGAUAAUUUUGGUAUGAGGAAAGGAUUUGCUCUUUUCUUUGCUUUAGAAAUUAAGGAGCAGAAUGACAUUCACCAAGAUUCGGAACAACAAAAGACUGCCUGUCUUUUUCACACUGAUGAAGGGGAGAAACUUUCAUUAUUGCCCAACUUUAAAGUGCCUGGGGCUGGAUCAUAUGGCGUUUGUUGCUACCGUCCUCGUGGAAGGUUCAACAAAAAAUAUUUGAAUGAAGCAAGUAGUGUUUUUGGAGCUUUAGUUUUAACAGAGAGACAAGAUAUGAAGAUAAAAAUGUGUGGGUUGCAUAUAAUAUUUGAGCAAGAUGUGCAAGAGUUUAGCCAAAAACUUUCCGAAACUUUUACUGAGUUUCAAAAUUUGGAUUCGAAAUUCAUACAUUGUAAGAAAUUGUUAGAUGCAGCAAGAGAACUAAGAGAACAUGGCAACUAUAAAAAAUCCAGCAUGGCUCAGGAUUAUACUUCAUCAGAGCCACAACAAGAUGAUGUAGACCAAACUUUGACAACUAACGACCCAAACUCAAGUUCGAAGGACUCCGUUGAUGACUGCUCCAUCCAGAUGAGAAGAGAUACAUACACAUUGCUUUCAAGGCUCUUUGAGGGCCGUUCUGCGCACAACCGAUUUUCUUUUGUCUUUCCUCGUGUAACGCUUUCAUACUGGUUCUCACAUCAUUGUGUAGGGGACACAACAAUUUGUUAUCUUCCUCCAAGUUUAUAUGAUAACGAGAGAUGGGUAGGACUUGAUGUUUAUGCUAUAUGUGAAAGGCCUGAUCCAUCAGAAAAUUCUUCCUUGCUUUUUGUUGAUUUGUAUGUCCAUGGAACCAAUAACGGCGGAAUACCAUUACCCAUCCUAACAUAUUCCUUGACCAUACUUGGUUUUGUUCAGUCCUUUUUAGUUGUAUCUCAUAUACCCCGUGAGUCCUUCCCAAAGCAGUUGAAUCAAUGCCAGGGUAUUAGUGUUCUGUUUAGACCUGCUGCUCCAGCUGAAAAUGUGAAGAUAGACUUUAGCGUUUUAUUAUGUGGGACUAGGUUACUAUAUGAGAAAGAUUCGGAAUCAUUCAUCCAGGAGAUGAUUUCCUUGGCAUCAGUGGAACCAUCUCUCCUUCAACUCCUCCACGACAGAGCUAAAUUAUAUGUUCAGGAGGCCGAAGAGUUCCUUCGCAAAGAUGAAACUCAUAAAGAACCCGCUGGUGUAUUCAGAAGCGAAUGGUCGCUUCUUCAAUCCUUGCAGAAGCUGCUAACAAGUACGGACCCUUUGGCUAAAGACGUCUCUACUACAUUGGAGAAAUAUAGGUUCUAUCGUACACAUAACAGGAUUUCUCCUGAACUUGGGCCAAUGUUAGCCCAUUCUGAGGCGUUUGUUUUGAACAUUUUGCAACAAAGGGAUAUGAAUUAUCAUUUAGAUAAUUUAAGUUUCUGUCAUUUCCACAUAAUGCCUGAUAUGGUUCUACGCUUUGGAAGGAACUCAGCGGAUAGAUGGAAACAUAAGCUGAAGUUUGUGUUUGAAAAAUUUUCCAUGGAUAAUGGCUUGUUUAUCACGCUUAGUGUAGGAGGAAAUCUGAUUUCUGUUUCAAAUUACUUUGAUCCUAUGCAAGUGUACAAUUUUUGUUUCCCUCAAAAGGAAAUUCUAGAGUGGUUCCUAGAUCGGAGUAGCAAGUCCAGAAUGGCAAUUGAACUACCUCCACAUCUGUAUGAUGAUAGCAGUUGGGCGGGACUUGCUGUAUGUGCUUCUUUUCUUGUCAAUGAGCAUCCAAAUGCAUUUUCAGAAACGUAUGUGGACCUUCUGUGUCACUUGUCAGCCGAUAGGAAUUGUUUGAAUCCUGUCCCGUGUUUCUCUGUAACCAAAGACAGAUAUAAGUGGUUACAUGUCCGGGGAUUCAUCUGGCUAACGUACUUACCUCGUGAGUUUCUUACAGAGUUGAAUCAACGAAGGAAUUUACAGGCCAGAAUUUUUAGUUCCUGUCCUGGAUUGAUAGUGAAUAUGUGUGGAAUCCGCCUAUUGUACCAUCAAGAUGUGAAAGACUUUAGGCGUGCAAUGCGUGAAUGUUCAACCUCAAUCUUUGACACUUUGGAUGAAACUAGCUUUGGGAUUACUGAUGAGCAGAAUACUACACUAUAUGCAAAUGAUUCGGAAAACAGUUCUAGCUCUAGAGAUCUUAAUGAAAAUACUAGUUAUCAAUCCACAUUUCAUCAAACAUCAAAUGAGGAAUUCCAUCAAAACUCAAUAUACAACUCAUGUUUCCUUGCUGUUGAAAUUCAAGAGUGGUUCCGCGAUCAGUACAGCUUCAAUUCUUCUGGGAAGAUCCAUCUACCGCCAGAUAUAAGUCAUGAAAAUAAUUGGUUAGGUUUCACUAUGUGUGCUUACUUUUCGGACCUGGAGACUACAUAUAUUGACAGCAAUUCAGAUGCAGAAACUGUUGCUCAUAUUACUCUAACUUGUCAGUUUGGAACUGAGAGGGGCAGUAUUGAACCUCCUCAUUACCAUCAAACAACCCAGGAAGACUUGAGUAUGUUAUAUCACGGAGGAUUAAUGUGGUUAUCCUUUUUACCGAGACAGUGGUUUGACGAAGCACUUCGUCUAGCACCAUAUCCACUAAACGAGUGCAGAGUCAUGGAGGCUUCCUUUCGAAGCGACAAGCGAGGUUUAUGCGUGCAGCGGUGUGCUUUCCGUCUUCUUUAUCAGCAUGAUGAGGAGGAAUUCAGGCAAGCAAUAAGACAUUGCGUCCUCAAUACCUCGUCAUCUUCAGAUAAAAAAACAUCAGAAGGACCUGUUGAUCAAUUGCUCAAGGACAAGGGUAAAGGAGUUAUGGAGUAAUUUUGCCUGAUCUCAAGACUGUUCUAGCUCACAAUCUCGUCUCUCACAAACUCUAUCUCCUGUCGCGGGCUUUCUUUCUUGGUUUUAGUCAGUCUCCGGCAGAGUAAAGAAUUGAAGCUUGUUGCUGGAGAGGAGAUGCUAGAUUUCUAUAAUCAACCAUGGUAAGCUUCUAUUCUCUAUAUUUCUAUGUUGCUAAUUGUCGGUAUGAUUACUUCCACCUACAAUUGAUGAUUUGAUGUAUAGUUCUUUUUUUUUUCUUUGGCUUGCGACUUAGGUUUUUGGUCUCUCUAUCUCGUGAACCCAUUUCCUUUUCGCCUUUGUUUUAUAUUAUCCUUUCCAUUGUAAAAUUUUUCGAUUAUGUACUCCUAUGAAAUUAUGUAUACCCGAUAACGUAUUGGCCAAUGGUGGGGCUGGUGGUAAUGUUUAUGUUAGUGUUAACCUUGAGAAUUUGUUUGAGGCUGGAUUGGAUUUACUACUGGUGGACAAUGAUGGGGACGUGGGGUUAUAUUUCAAUAGCUUUGAUCUCACGCAUAUGAAACAUAGCUAUGAAACAUAGGCGUACAGUACUGGUGGACAAUGGUGGGGUUAUAUUUCAUUAUCUAUUCAAUUUCA